UAGAGAUGUGUAUUUUUCCUGUCCUUGUGUUUUUGGGAGUUUUUCUUUGCGCGCCGCACCAGUGCUUGGAGUGUCCUUCUGGCUGUGAGUGUUUCGCCGUCACCCGCACAGUGAAAUGUGUUUCUAAGGCUCUGCUCUCGGUGCCGCGAAACAUCCCGGGAUACGCCAGGACUGUUGUCAUCGCAGGGAACAACAUACACCAUAUCGGACCCGAUUCGUUUACAGAGCUGGAGAAUGUCACUAAUAUCGUUUUAAGCAAUAACAGGAUCACAGAGAUGGCUUCACACACCUUCUCCGCCCUGGUCAACCUCCGCUUCCUCGACCUCAGCGGCAACCAGCUGGCCCUCAUCCAUCCGGAGGCGCUUCGCAUCCCCGGCAGCCCCCUCCAGGAGCUCAACCUGAGCCGCUCGCUGCACAACUUCACCGCCCUCACGGACCUGACCACGGCUCUGCGGUGGGGCGGCCUGGGGGGUCUCCUCCGCCUCGACCUCUCCGGGAACCACCUCGCCCUGCUGCCCCCCGGGAUGUUCUCCCACCUGCCCAACCUGCAGCAGCUCUUCCUCGCCAACAAUUCCCUGGUGGCCGUCUACGGCGGGACCUUCUCCGGCAUGAACCACUUGGAGGUGCUGGAUGUGACGCGCAACGCCUUCAGGACGUUCAGGGCCGACGCUCUGCAGGAGCUGGAGAAGCUGGGGAACGUCAGGAUCCUUCUCGGGAACAACCCCUACGCCUGCACUUGUGACAUCCGGGAUUUUGUCUCGUGGCUGAACAAAACAAAAGCUCGGGUUGAUGUGGAAGCUGUGAGAUGCUCCUCACCGAGUCGGUUGACUGACAUCCAGCUGCGAGGGCUGAGCGUCCAGGCCAUCGGGUGUGUGGUUCCAGUCCUUGCGGAGGUGGCCGACCUCACCCUGCAGACCUCCUACGUCUUCCUGGGGCUGGUGCUGGGGUUCGUGGGCAUGGUUUUCCUCUUUGUGCUCUACCUGAACCGCAAAGGAAUGAAGAAGUGGAUCAUUGAGAUGAGGGACGCGUGCCGGGACGUCCUGGAGGGCUAUCACUACCGGUACGAGAUCGACUCGGACCCUCGGCUCGGCCACGUCUCAGCGGGCAGCAGCAGGGCUCAGAGGCAUUUAGCUUUAUCACAGCAGCUGCCAAGUGACACCUGCAUUGUCCAGGUUCCCACAGACACACAAGUCAAACAGGUGACCACCUCCCCACCUGUAAACUUAUGAUCUUUAAGUAGAGUAUGAUGUAUAUGUAAAUAGUUUACUCCAGGACAUUUACAAUUAGUUGUUUUUAGCUUUCCUGUGCAGUUCUAGACUAUAAAUACCACCUUAAAAGUGCCUUUUUCGUUUUUGAGGCACGCCAGUAUUGCAUCUGUAAAUUAGCAUCUUGUUUUUAAUCAUGCAUUUUUAUAAGAGCAUAUUUCAUAGGCUGCACUGGAAUGUCGUUUUUUGGUCUUAGUAUCACAACUUUUAAUAUCUUAUCAUUCUACAAAAGAUACAAAACAUAGAUGGCAACAUGAAAAUAAGAUGAUGUAGUAAGAAACUGCACUCCAGAGACAACCAGUACAUUUUAGAAUAGGCCUUUAUAAUAUUCUGUAUGCUUCAGUAAAAGGGAAGAAACCCUUAAAAUUAACUUUUAUUGUGUUCAUAAUGGGAUCUGUGUUAUUCAGACAUGUAGACACUGAGGAUACAAUCUCAUGAAUCUUGUAUUUACAUUAAUUAUUAAUAAAUAAAAUAAAUGCUGUAUCUGA